CGUAUAUCAACCCCAAAGUACUAUAACAGUAGGCCCUGGAUAGAAAUGUCAGCGGGGGUUUAGGAAAAGCGGUUCAAAUUCAGUUACUACCCUUUUUUCCACCUGGGCGGACAGACCCGCACCGUAACAAACAGAUGCAACACAGUGGAAAGUGAAGACGCAUCAUUCGAGGAUGUCGCAACUGGUGCAGAUGACCCGCCACGUGACCACCUGGUUGGGCUGGACACCACCGGCAACGCCGUGCGAUUGCCAGACGUCGGAGGAGGAUGCGUUCCAGUUGCAGGAAUCGUCUGGCUUCGCAACCGUCCUGCUGCUCUAUCUGGGCAUGGCCGGCCUCUUUGCCGUCCUAGAUCUCUGCACCACGCCCAAUCCCGACCAGGCACGGGCACGGGAAAAGCGGGAACUGGCGGCCCUGGAGCGACGGCAGGCUCAGCGACUGGGUGGCCGGCGUGACAGGAGCACGAUGGGGUCAUGGCUGCCGUGCUGGCUGGUCAACCUGCCAUCGCUGAUCCACCAGGUGGCUGCACCCAGGCCUCCAAAUAUCCUGAGCCAGCAAAAGAAGCAGACUCUGGAGCUGGAACGGCAGCGGAAGUGGCUGGCUUUGAAGGAGGAGCCCCUGACUUGGCACGAUGCUAUUGAAGAGGAGGAGCUGGGGGUGGUGGCUACCAGCACUUUAAUGCCCCAACGCCAAGUGUCCACCUUCUUUGACCUUGCCUCAGAGUCCGAAUGAACACAAUCCACCCACUAAAUCAUGCUGUAAGACUCCAAGUGCGCAAUAAAGAGUCCGAAAGAAAUCGCAACAAA